UUAUGCCUCCUCUUUUUUUACUUUUGGGUCCCUUUUCCUUUUUUCUAAUUUACAGUCCAAGAUAGAUAUAUAGGCAGUUCCCGGGUCUGGAUUUUUGGAUUAUAUUAGAGUCCCACCAAAUAGGAUGUUGAGAGAGUGACUAUGAAGUUGUGAACUUUUUAGAACCUACUUACCUAAUUUGUGAAAAAUUUCAUGAUUGUUUGCAGGUUUUGAUUAUAUUUGACUAGAAAAAGUAGUUUCAUUCAGAAAUGAACAAUUUAUCAAGCUUUGAAGAAAGUUAUGAUCUGUAUCAACCUUCUCCUUCUUCCUUGGAUCAAAUUGACAAAUCAACCACCGAAACUCCAGGGUACUCAACAAUUAGUGGUGACUCUUUUGCUUACUGCCGGACUAAUUCAGAGACCUCUGCCUUUUCUGAGCCUACAGAUGAUCAAAGCUAUUCAAGUGAGCCUUCUCCUUCAUGUUGGCACGCCUUGAAGUCCUUAAAGUCUGGCGCCGGAGUUAAUAACCAUUCUGUUCUUACCAGAGUAGGCAUGAAGCAACACAAGUCUCUAGUUGGUGAUCACAAACUCAAUGAUCAAGAAGUGUUGGAUUCAGAACUUGAGUUGAUGAAAGAAAGAUUUGCAAAACUUUUGCUCGGUGAAGACAUGUCCGGGAGUGGGAAAGGAGUUUGUACUGCAGUUACUAUCUCAAAUUCCAUAACCAAUCUCUAUGCUACUGUUUUUGGACAAAAUUUGAGACUAGAGCCUCUAAAUUCUGAGAAGAGAGCUAUGUGGAAGAGAGAAAUGGACUGCCUUCUAUCUGUAUGUGAUUACAUAGUAGAAUUCAUCCCCGCCACAUCACAAAAUUUGAGAGAUGGAACAGCCUUAGAGAUAAUGACAAGUAGACCAAGAGCUGAUAUUUAUAUAAACCUGCCAGCUUUGAGAAAGCUUGACACAAUGCUUAUUGAAAUUUUGGACAGUUUCCAAGACAGAGAAUUCUGGUAUGCAGAACAAGGAAGCCUGUCAUCCAGUUCAAUUGGUUCAGGUCCUUCAGGAUCAUUCCGGAGAAUUGUUCAGCGGAAAGAUGAGAAAUGGUGGUUGCCAGUUCCAUGCGUUUCUCCAGAUGGCCUCUCUGAGAAAGCAAGGAAGCAUUUGAGACACAAACGUGACUGUGCCAAUCAAAUCCACAAAGCGGCCAUGGCCAUCAAUAGUAGUAUUCUUGCGGAGAUGGAAAUCCCAGACACAUACAUGGCAACUCUUCCAAAGAGUGGCAAAGCAUGUUUAGGAGAUUCGAUUUAUCGGUACAUGUAUUCGGCAGACAAGUUCUCCCCAGAACAUCUCCUUGACUGCCUCAAUCUUGCAUCAGAACAUGAAGCGCUUGAGCUAGCAGACAGGGUUGAAUCUUCAAUGUACACAUGGAGACGUAAAGCGUGCAUGAGCCAUUCAAAGUCAUCAUGGAACAUGGUUAAGGAUCUCAUGUCGGACACUGAUAGGAGUGACAAAAAUCAUGUUUUGGCGGAGAGGGCUGAUAGUUUAUUGUUCUGUUUGAAGCAGAAAUAUCCUGAGCUUUCUCAGACAACCUUGGACACCAGCAAGAUUCAAUACAAUAAGGAUGUGGGACAAGCAAUAUUGGAGAGCUACUCAAGAGUGUUGGAAGGUUUAGCAUUCAACAUAGUUGCAUGGAUUGAAGAUGUUAUUUUUGUAGAUAGAUCUGUUAGGAACCAAAAUAAUUAGAGAGUUCAUAGGGAUAUCUUAAUCCCAUAACUAUUUUUCUUCUCUAACCGUUUAUAACAGGAAAGUGCAGAUGUUAUAGCUAAUGGCUACUCACCAUGCAUAUAUGUUAAUGCAGCUUACUUUUUUUUUUUUUUUUUUUUUUGUAAUCUUGAGUUUGUACAAUAUCAUCAAUAUAUUUCACAAUUUUCAAAAUUAUGUAUCUAAAGCAUUGUAUCACUUCAUUCUCGCAGUAAAAUAAUAAGUUUUGAUCAGCAGAUUAAAAGGUUAGCAAAGAUUGCAUCUUCUGGGUUUCUUGAAGAACAUGACUUGAUAUAUGAACAUAGUUUGGAGCAACAUUCUCCCGCAUUAAAA